AUGUGCAAAGGAUAAUUUUCAGUAGGUUAUAUAAUGUUAGUUGGUGAUUUUUGACUCUUCAAUACUUGCAGAGAAAAAUAAAGCAACUUGCUUAGUGGAUUAGUUGGUGUGCUUGACCCUUUCUCUUGUUUAGCCCAAAGCAUGUGUUUUGGUUUCCUUAUUGAGCACAUAUGCACCAAUAAAGCAUAAAAUAAAGACAUUGAAAUCAUCUGAAAAUAUACAGAUGCCAAGAAAGCCCACAAAACACUUGUAAGCAAUUAAGUUUUUGACGAAAAUAUGCUUGCCCUCUAAAUUGGUCAUAUAUAGAAAAAUCACCUUUUAUCCUCUAUUUUAAGUGCCCACAGAAAAGGUCCUCUAUUUCGAAUGAUGGUAUAAAAGUCUCGAUCCGAAGAAAACGGAGAACAAUUGAUGAAACAAGCACUCAUGGAUUAAAAACUAUUUUAUUUUGAUUUGUCUAACCUUUGGUGUGCAUCCCUUGAAAGUCUUGGUCAUUUUCUAAUCUAUUUGGUAAGUGAACAUCUUGGGCUUCCUGGACUUCAUAGUUUUCUCUCUCCAUUAGCUCAUUUUUACUUUGCUUCACCAAAACACCUUUGUUGUUCUCUACAGUGACCGAUUCACCCAUAUGGCCAUCGGAGAGAUCGUUUUGGGUUCCUUCUUGGCUUCCUUCUUUCAGGUGUUGUUCAACAAGUUGACUUCUCUCGCAUUGGGCUAUGCACAACAGGAAGGAAUCAGCACCGCUCUACUCGAGGAGUGGAAGGAGAUGCUGGUCACAAUCAAUGUAGUGUUGAUUGAUGCAGAGGACAGGCAACUCAGCGGUAACCCUCUAGUGAAGCUAUGGCUAGACGAUGUUAGGGACUUGGCCUAUGACAUGGAAGACUUGCUUGAUGAGUUCGCGAUCAAAGCCGCUCAGGUUGAGUCGGAGGUAGGAUCCAGCACAAGCAAAGGUCUGGGGAAAUGGAAGUUCUCUUUCUUUGGGCGAGAUAAAUCCUCCGGAUCGAAUCCAAACUUGCGCUCGCUUGUGUCUGAAACCGAGGUACAAGAGAUCAAUGGUAGGUUGAAAGCGAUUGUCACUAGGAAGGCUCGUCUAUGCUUGAGAGAGAAUGUUGUGGACAGAUCUAACUACAUCAACAAAAGGGAUCCCACCACUUCUUUGCCGGAGCCUCAGUUUUUUGGCAGGGAGAAGGAAGAAGCACAAAUACUCGAACUAUUGGUCAGUGAGGCCGAAAAUUUCAAUGCCACGUUGACCAUUGUCCCUAUAGUUGGGAUGGGUGGUGUUGGAAAGACGGCCUUGGCUCAACGGCUAUAUAAUGAUGCUAGAGUAUACAACUAUUUCGAGAUGAAAGCUUGGGUUUACGUGUCAGAUGUUUUUGAUGUUCUUGACAUAACAAAGACUAUUUUGCGAUCAAUCACCGGGUUGUCUUGCGAGGGUGAAGAUCUUAACAGCCUUCAAGUUAAGUUGAAGGACAAUCUAUCCGGAAAAAAGUUUCUUGUGGUUUUAGACGAUAUCUGGAAUGAGAAGUACGAAAAUUGGACUGCCCUCUUAAAGCCGUUUGAAACGGGGGCCAAGGGAAGCAAGAUGAUUGUCACCACUCGCAACCUUGCCGUUGUUUCCAUAACAAGAGCAUCGCCGUAUCCUUUGAAGGAAUUGUCCCUUGAUAAUUGUACAAGCUUAUUAGCCUUUCAUGCUCUUGGAGCAACACAUUUUGAGGGCCACCCGGAUUUUGAAACAAUAGGCAAGAAAAUAGCUGAAAGAUGUAAAGGUUUACCUUUGGCAGCGAAGAUGUUGGGCGGUGUCCUACGUAAUAAAAGGAAUCCCGAUGAAUGGGAAGAUACCUUAAAUAACAAAAUAUGGAAUCUUCCGACAGUAGAGAAUGAUGAGGUUCUCCCUGUUUUGAAAUUGAGUUAUAUCCAUCUUCCUUCCUAUUUGAAGAGAUGUUUUGCUUAUUGUGCUGUAUUUCCCAAGGAUUACGAAAUUGAGAGGGAUGAGCUGGUACUCUUAUGGAUAGCGGAAGGCUUUUUAGAUGGACAAAAAGCAAAGGAGAAUAACUUGAGAUUAGGACGGGAUUACUUCGAUGAGUUAAAAUCUAGAUCAUUUCUUCAACAAUCGAGUGUUGAUGCAUCUAAGUUUUCAAUGCAUGAUCUUUUGAAUGAUCUAGCAAAGUCAAUUGCGGGUGGGACUUGCUUUAGCUCAAUGGAGUCUCAGCUGACAACUAAUGAACAUGAUGUAUCAUCUAUUGAAAAAACUCGUUUUGCAUCAUUCAUCUCGUCAUGGUGUGUCACAUCAAAAUGCAUGAGAGCAUAUCACCGAAUGAAGGUACUAAGAAGUUUAAUCUUAGUUCGUGUUGGAUCUAAAGAGCGCUCUUUAUCUAUUUCCAACAAGGUGCUACAUGACUUGUUAACGGAAUUGAAAUACUUGAGGGUGCUCUUAGUAUGUCAUUGUGACAUCGUGGAGGUGCCGAAUUGUGUUGGUGAUUUAAAACAUCUGCGAUAUCUCAAUUUCUCGUAUACUAAUAUCGAAAGGCUACCUGAGUCAAUUGCUGAUUUGUGCAAAUUACAAGCUUUGAUCUUAAGAGGUUGUCAAAACCUUUCAAAAUUGCCUCGAGAAAUCACAAAGUUGGUCAGUUUACAAUUUCUUGAUAUUAGAGAUACCGGGAGUUUAAAAGAGAUGCCAUUGGGUAUCAGUAAUUUGAAGAAUCUUACUAUCUUGUCCAAGUUUAUGGUCGGACCAAAGAAAGGGUCGCGGUUGGAGGAGUUAAAGAACUUGCCGCAUCUUCAAGGAGAAUUAUUUAUAUCAGAAUUGCAAAAGGUGGAAGAAGUUAGAGAUGCAGUUGAUGCUAAUUUGCUUCAAAAGCGAGGCCUUACCAACUUAUCCUUGCAUUGGGAUGAACAUUCUGGAAAUCUCCUUAAUCAUGAGCGCGAUGCUCAGGUGCUUAACUCUCUGCGACCUCACAUUAAUCUUGAAAAUCUCACUAUUUUGAACUAUGGUAGUGCAAUAUUUCCAUCAUGGUUAGAUGGUUCGUCCUAUUCAAAGAUAGUGUCUUUGUGCUUACGAGGUUGUCCUAAUGUUAUAUCGCUACCCCCACUUGGACAACUACCUGCUCUUAAGGAAUUAUCUCUUGAUGGUCUACAUGCAGUGAAAAUGAUAGGCUCCGAAUUUUACGGAGGUAGAAGGCCUUUCUCAUCCUUAACAACUUUGAAGUUGAAAGAGAUGUUGGCAUGGAAGGAUUGGUUUCCUUACGCCGGGGGCCCGAAAGAAGGAGUCCCAUUCUCCUGUCUUCAGCAUCUUGUUGUCCAGAGUUGUCCUUCAUUGGUCGGGACAUUGCCUUAUCAACUUGAUAGUCUCAUAAAGCUUGAAAUUCAUUCAUGCCCGCAUUUGAAGAACACGACUAGUGAGGUUUGUCUUCCAUCUCUCUGUGAGCUAUACUUGGAGGAUUGUAACGAGGAGAUCUUAAAGAGCUUGGUCAACCUAACUUCUUUGACCAUUCUCAGAAUUGAAAAUCUUGCCGAGCUUGUUUGCCUUGAUCAUGGGUUUAUGAGCUGCUUGGUCAAGCUAAAAGAGCUUCAUAUAAGAGGGUGUGACAAGCUAAAGUACUUGUGGCAAGAUGGAAAUGAAAUGCUUAAUCUUACUUGCCUCCGGAAAUUAGCCAUCGCAAGUUGUCUUCGAUUCAUAUCUUUUGUGGCAGGAGAAGGACCAAUAAAGCUGCCCUGCAACCUUGAAAGGAUGGAAUUGAGGGAUUGCACAAGUUUAGAAAAGCUUCCAAGCAAGAUGGAUACACUCAGAUAUUUGGACAUUUAUGAGUGUCCAAAACUCGUGGGACAAACCAUUCUUCCAGAUGAUCCCAGCAGUAAUAACACGAUGUCUCAACUUGAAUAUCUUAAAAUAGGUAAAUGUGAUGCCCUGACAUCCUUUUCGUUUGUUAAGGGUAAACUUGCUGCUUUGAAGGGACUUCGAAUUGCGGAGUGUAUGGGAGUAGAGUCGUUGGAAGAGAUCACCGUGGGACAAUGGCUGAAAAUUUUUAUGAUUGACGGGUGUGAGAAUCUGGAAAGCCUACCACAAUACUUUCACACGUUCUCCCAUCUCACUUAUUUGGACAUAAGUAACUGUCUAGCAUUGGAGAUAGAGGACUUCCCUCCCCUUCCCAUCACCCUGUCAGUUUUCUGUCUUCGUAAUUGUCCGAAGGUAAAGUCCCUACCAAAGGAGUGGCAUCGUCUUACAUCCCUCCAGCAUCUGGAAAUUACGGAUUGUGAAAAUAUCAAAUCCUUCCCCAAAGGGGAUUUGCCUCCCAAUUUGCGGUGGUUUUGCCUUUGGAGGUGCGAGAACCUGAAGCAGCCAGUGAGAGAAUGGGGCUUACCCUUUCUCACAUCCCUCGAGGGACUUGGAAUUGACGGAAGGAGCAUGGGAGGGGAGGGAGAGAAGGUGCGGUUUCCUUCGGAGGAGAACGAGGAGGAGGAGGAUGCGUGGAGUCUUCUCUUCCCUUCCUCUCUAGUCGCUCUUGAUAUUAGACAUAUGAAGAACGUGGAAAGACUGUCGAGCGGUCUUCGCAACCGUCUCUCCUCUCUCAGACGUUUGGUGAUUUACGAUUGCCCGAAGUUGAGAUACUUGCCAGAGGAUGGCCUCCCUCCCUCCCUCCAAGAAUUGUGGAUAGAUAAAUGCGAGAUUCUGAAAGAUCGAUGCUCAAACCUCGGUGGCGACUAUUGGCCCCUCAUCCAAGAAAUCCCACUCAUUGUAGUUGAUCGAGUUUGGAUCCAAUGAGAAGAUAUCUAUCCUAUGUCUAAUUUUUGUUCUUCAGAAUAUCCCACUGUCAUCUUUUUUUGGCAAAAUCUCUCAGAAGGAUCAAAUGCAAACACUGUUGAGGCGGGGAGGAGCAAUCGGGAAGACUAUGCUCUAUCCAAAUUCUGGAGAUAUUUUUAUGCGAGAUUCUGAAAGAUUCAUGCUUAAAACUCACUGGCGACUACUGGCCCCUCAUCCAAGAGAUCCCUCUCAUCUACAUUGGAGGUGUUCGGAUCCAAUGAAUUGAAAUUGAUCACACCCAAGCCAUGACAAAAUAUUUAUCUCCAUUGACUACUUUUCCUUCUUCAGAUCUAGCUUGCACCACCAUGCCCCUUCAAGCAAUCAUCUCCCCUGUUUCAUUUCUAGCCAUCAUCCUAACAACAGCAUGUUUGGUUCCUUCAAUGUAAGACCCUCUAAAAGAGCUUUUCUAAUCUAUAUAAGUGACAUUUUCAGAAUCAGGUGAUUUAUGGUUGAAGAUAACUGCAUUUCGAGCAUUCCAGAUAUAUCAAUAGACUUUUGGAUGAGAAAUAUGAGGACUGUGGAAAGACUACCAGCGGUGGAGGAUGUAAGAAGCAUGGAGUAUUCUGUUUCUUUCGUCUCUAACCUCUCUUUGGAUGAGAAAUAUGAAGAAUGUGGAAAGAUUACCAAGUGGUCUUCGCAGCCAUCUCUCCUCUCUCAAACAGCUAUCUUUUAUAGGUUACUGGUACUUGCCAGAGAAUGGCUUCACUCCCUUCUCCAAGUAUUCGACAUAAUCAAAACUCAGUGGCUGACUAUUGGCACCUCAUCCAAGAAAUCCCACUAAUCGUAGUUGAUCGAGUUCGGAUUCAAUAAGAAUAUUUCUCCAAUGUCUAAUUUUUAUUCUUCAGAAUAUCCCACUGUCAUCUUUUUUUGGCAAAAUCUCUCAGGAGGAUCAAAUGCAAGCACUGUUGAGGAAAGGCGGAGAGGAGCAAUCAGGGGGACUAUGCUCUGUCGCUCUGUUAAGUCAUCAUGAAAGCCUCACGUCUGCCACAAAGUAUUUUGAUUUAAGAUUGCGAGAAGGCCGUCAUCCAAUAGCCCACUUGCAACCACUUAUCAAGGGUAGGCGAGUCUCGUCACUAUAACCCCACUAAGCUGCUAGAGCUCCCAUCAUAGACAAGGCAAAAUACAUGCACUAUCAUUGCUAGUGGGCUAUCCUCGUGACCUUGCGCUUGUGGAAAAUCAGCUUGUACCAUUAGGCCACAAUCACCAAUGAUGAGCGGUCCCCUGUGGUUCUAUAUUAGCAGAAUCAUAAGGGCCA